AUUCUUGGAAAAGGAAUACUCAUCCCUAACUUCAACUCGUUUAAACCAGAGAAAUCCCAAAUCAGGUUAGGUCUCAGGUCAUUGCUGUGACUGUGUUAAAGAUUCCAACUUUAAUGGAAUCGGCUCAGUAAAUAUGCAAUUUUCAAUCUGAAACGGAAACUCUUUGUUGGGUCAUAGCUUCACUUCCAAAACCAUCGAAAAACCCUGACCUAAUUUUCCAGUCAAUUCUCACCCACCAAUCUCCAAUUCUUUGGUUCCUUAGUUUUCAAUGGAGACAGAGGCUACGACUCCAAAAUUCAAGAACCCAGAUUUCCUCCCGCUACCUCAGCCACCUGAUUUCCACCCAGAAGUCACGGUGACCUCCCAUGACGGCCUCCACUUCUGGCAGUUCAUGAUCGCUGGCUCCAUCGCUGGUUGUGUGGAGCACAUGGCCAUGUUUCCCGUUGACACUGUCAAGACCCACAUGCAAGCUCUCCGCUCCUGCCCAAUCAAAUCGGUUGGUGUCCGGCAGGCUCUCGGAUCAAUCUUGAAAUCGGAAGGUCCUGCCGGCUUGUACCGAGGCAUUGGAGCUAUGGCUCUAGGAGCUGGCCCUGCCCACGCCGUAUACUUUUCAGUUUAUGAAAUGUGCAAGAAGUACUUCUCCGGUGGCAACCCAAAUAAUUCCCUCGCCCACGCUGUUUCUGGGGUUUUUGCAACAGUUGCCAGCGAUGCUGUUUUCACUCCGAUGGAUAUGGUGAAGCAGAGGCUGCAAUUGGGGAACAGUACUAAUUAUAGAGGGGUUUGGGAUUGCACUAAGACUGUGUUUAGACAAGAAGGAAUUAGAGCGUUUUACGCUUCGUAUAGGACGACAGUACUCAUGAAUGCACCGUUUACUGCAGUGCAUUUUGCCACAUAUGAAGCCUCGAAGAGGGCUUUGAUGGAGAUUUCUCCAGAGAGUGCAAAUGAUGAUCGGUUAAUUGUCCAUGCUACAGCUGGUGCUGCUGCUGGUGCAUUGGCAGCUGCUGUCACCACACCUCUUGAUGUGGUAAAAACUCAGCUGCAGUGUCAGGGAGUUUGUGGAUGCGAUAGAUUUAAGACUGGUUCCAUUACAGAUGUGAUCAAGGCAAUAGUCAAUAAGGAUGGCUACUGGGGGCUGAUGCGGGGAUGGAUUCCCAGAAUGCUUUUCCACGCACCUGCUGCUGCAAUCUGCUGGUCUACAUAUGAAGCAGCAAAAUCUUUCUUUCAAGAACGUAACGGGAGCACCGACAAUAGCACCAUAACCUGAAGCACCAAGACAAAAUCAGGGUUCUCUAUUCUGUAGUUGUAUCACACAAAUCUGCUGUAUGAGUAAUGAUUAGAAGGCUGCUUCAAAUGAUGGACCAGUAAAUAAAUACCAAGAGAAAUUCUUUCAGAUUUGAGUAAAUGAAGACAGGCUAUUGAACAGGCAUCAGUAGCUUGUAUACAUCUUUGUCAGUUUUAAUAAAAACUAAUUGCAAAGCUUUAGCCUUUAGCUCUUCCCUGCGGGAUUCAUCUGU